CUGGCCAUCGACCACGAGCACCGGCGGGCUCGAGUGGUACUUCCAGUUCACGCCGCACGACGUGCACGACUGGGACGCCAUCCAGGUGCCGAUUCUCGCCGACCUGACGAUGGACGGCGAGGAGCGCAAGGUGAUGAUGUGGGCGCAACCGCAACGCCUUCUACUACACCCAUCGAUCGCGUGACCGGCGAGUUCCUCAUCGGGAAGCCCCGUACGCCAGCAGACCUGGGCCGGUCGGGCUCGGACUCGAACGGCCGCCCGAUCCGGGUGCCCGACACCUCCCCCACGCCCGAGGGCACGCUCGUCUCGCCGCCGGUCGGCGGCGGCACCAACUGGUUCUCCCCGCCUACAGCCCGCGCACCCGAGCUGUUCUACGUGCAGGCUAUGACGGCGAGGACAUCUUCUACAAGCGCGACGAGGAGUACGUCGAGGGCGAUCGGUUCACCGGGCGGCGGCGGACAGCAGCCGUUGCCGGCGAGACCACUACCACAGCGCCAUCCGCGCGAUCGACCCGAGAACCGGCGACAUCCGGUGGGAGUACGCGAUCCAGCCGCGGUCGACCGCGGGCAUCAUGGCACGGCCGGCGAUCUCGUGUUCAGCGGCAGCGUCGACGGCUACUUCUACGCGCUCGACGCGCGCACCGGCGCAGAGCUGUGGCACCGUCGCCGUCGGGGCCAUGGUGCACUCGGCGCCGAUGUCCUUCGCCGUCGACGGCCGGCAGUACGUGACCAUCGCGGCCGGCAACGUCGUGUUCACCUUCGGCUGCCCCGAGUAGCGGUGCCGGAGCUGCCGGAGGUCGAGAGGGGCCGCAGGCUCGCCGAGUCGGUCGCGGCGGGGCGGCGCAUCGCGCGCGUGUGGUGCGAGGACGAUCCGCUGGUGUUCGACGCGGUCGCGCCGGAUCACUGGCGGGAGGCGCUCGAAGGACGGCGGGUCGAGGCGGCGCGGCGCUGGGGCAAGCAGCUCUGGUUCGUGCUCGACGCGCCGCCGCAUCCGCUGUUCCACUUCGGGAUGGCCGGCGGAUUCAAGACCCCGCAUCGACGCCGCUGCAGCUCAAGUCCGGGCCGAAGGAGGACCCGGCGGUCUGGCCGCCGCGGUUCGUGA